AUGGCAGAGGGUUUGAGAGAUUCGAGCUAUGAAGCGUGUGUUGCCGUCAAUAAUGCCGUGAAUGGGUCGCAUCCUGAUUAUGUAGAACUCGUAGAUUCUACAUAUGAAAAAUUGCCAGAGAACCACAAUGAUUCUUCGCAUAACGAGUAUACGACACCAUCGGAUGUCCAGGUAUUUCAACACAGACGAGACGGAUCUGUAGACUUUUACCUUUUCUGGGACAAUUACAAAAAAGGAUUUGGAGAGCCAGAUGGAGAAUACUGGCUUGGAAACGAUCAUCUUCACCAACUGACAUCUUUGGGAACUUCAGAUUUUUAUGUGCGUCUCGAGAAAUUCACUGGAGGAUGGGCGUAUGCAAAAUAUAACAAUUUCAGUGUAGCUGACGAAUCAUAUGGAUACAGAAUGAGAUUGAAAGUCGGGUCAUAUCAGGGAAAUGCAGAAGACUCCAUUGAGAGCGAGGGGACUACCAAUACAAAUGGCUUUAAGUUCAGCACCUCAGAUAUAGAUAACGAUGUUGCCUCUACUAGUUGCGCCGUUGCACGUAAGGGAGCCUGGUGGUAUAAGGAAUGUACGUGGGCAAACCUGAAUGGAAUCUACGGAAACGGAAGCUGUGCUGCCGCUGGAAAUUGUAACUUUUGGUAUUCGCUGACUAACAGCUUUAAUGGAAUCAAAACAUCCUUUAUGAUGGUUCGACGUGCAUGAUGAUACAGACGAAUUUUCUUUAAUAGAUAUAUGUAAUCAGAUUUCAAGAUUUCCAAAGUUUCUUUGUGUGAUAA